CAGAAGACUAAACCACCAACUCCUAUGUUUCCUUCGUCUUCCGGAAAAAAAAAGUGACGGAACAGACAGGCGACCAACGCUGAAAAGGCAAAAUCGCAAAUCCUUUCGGUUCUUCUUGCUUCUUCUUUCUUUCUUCACCGUUUCGCAAAAGGACCAUCCCAACUGGUAAAAGAUUAAAAUAUUCGCUUCUUCAUCGCCUGCUGCCCAUCUUGCGCACAAGCACCUGUAUUCUUUCCAUCCUAUUCUCCUGCUCUUUUUUAAUUUAUUUUAAUUUUUGCUAAGAGCCUUCUUGCCUUGCGCCCAGCCAAACAUUUGCUCGCCCGCCGUGCAAAAUCGCUGCCCGCACGCAGCCCACCAAUCAACCCACCAGCAAGCUAACUGCUGGCUGCAAGGAUUUACGCGCCCGCCGCAACCACUCACCAACACCUCACAUCCAUUCAAACGCUGCAACAACGAACUCCCAGCGCCGCAUUACUUAGCCGCCGAACACCGUUUCGUUCUUUUUUGUCGCUUCGUCGCAAUUAUAAAUUACAAAUAGCCAGCUGCCGCCCCCAGCGCCCCAAUAUCCGCCCAUACCAUGAAUCCCCCGGAUUCCUUUCGAGAUCUCUCUUCGACCCAACAGUCUGCCUGGAACUCGUCGCCCAACCUGUCCAACGGAAACGGCACGCCCUCGACUAAACACCAUAGCACUUUCCAGUCUCCUGCCCAGACCCAUACGAUGCCCGCUAGAACCGAUUCCUUCAAGAGCGACAAUGCCGUCGGCUCCUCGCCGGCUUCCAAGUCCAAGCAGCAAAAGCAGUCCCAGCAGCAGCAGGCCGCCGCGCCACAGCAUGAUGCCCAGCUCCUUACAUUUGUCGGACGUUACCGUGAUCUUCAGACACAUCGUGAUACUCUAGAUGAUCUUACCAAGGAUGUCCUAGUAUAUUGCCAAACUAUACAAACCAAUCUUCAAGCCGAAAUCGACCGUAUUGCCAACCAGCUUCAUGUUAGCCAGCUCGACCUCGUAGAUGCUACCGCCUCGCGAAGGGAUCUGCAACAGCGUCUGCAAACAGCCGAGUCUCAUGUCGAUUGGAUGGUUACAGAAAACGCUACCUUUAAGAGUCGCAAUCAAUAUGUCGUAGUCCUGAUUGACGGUGAUAAUCUUGUCUUCCAAGAAAAAUGGCUUAAGCAAGGUCUCGAGGGCGGUAAAAAAGCUGCCCUUAACCUCCGCGCUGCGAUUGAAGAGCAGCUCGGCGCCGAUUCUGGAGAAGUCGAAAUUAUUGCAAAGGUUAUUGCCAACCAGGCUAGUCUGUUCAAGGCUCUUAAGGGGGCCGGUAGCCUGGAUAAUGCCGCUGACCUAAGAGAAUUUAUGCUUGGAUUUAAUCAGGCUCGUGCCACCUUUGAUUUUAUCGAUGUUGGUGGUGGUAAAGGCCGUGUAGAGUCGCAAAUUAAGGAAAUUGCUCGCUGGCACGUCAAAAACUAUAACUGCAGACACGUCGCCAUUGGUAUUUCGCCCGAUACUCGAUACGCACCCUUUAUCCAAGAACUUGUUGCGGACGAGAGCAUUAGACAGCGCCUGAGCAUUAUCGAGGGUGUUCCUCUGCCCAGUACAUUUGUCGCCGCUGGCCUCAGCGUCGUCAAGCUAGAAAGAGACCUGUUCCGCACCGAAAAGUUGACAGACCGCCCGUCGCCCAUUGCCGCCCCGGCCGUUCCAGCCAAGAACGCUGCUGCUGCUGCCGCCACUGCUUCUGCGACUGCUGGUACCCCAGCUGCCCGUACGAUAAGUCCCGAAACGAGUGCCAACGGCUCGACGGGCCCCGUGUCUUGGGCCAACGUGACGUCGACUGGUACACCUCCUCCUCCGCCACCUCAAAUCACGCUUCCCCUUGCUGCAUUCAACAGCAAGCAGCAGACGCGCGCCAAGGAGAAGCACGACAAGGCAGCCCAGCAGGCGUUGCAAGAUAAGGGCGGCGAAAAGGCUGUGUACCAAAAAGUUCCUCCUGAGCAGCCCAAGGACUGGACGCCUGGCGAGCGCGGCCUCGACGAGCCUAUUCUUGUCAACGUCCACGUCUACGAGACCGUCAAGAAGCGCAAGGAGUCGGAUAAGCUGUGCAAUAACCAUUUCCUUCGCGGUCCCUGCGCCAAGGGCGAAGCCUGCUUCUUUGUGCACGACUACAAGCCCACUGACGACGAGCUCAAUGCCAUUGCGGUCCUUGCUCGCCAGAACCCUUGCACGCUUGGCCAGUACUGUGAAAACGACGACUGUAUUUACGGUCACCACUGCCCUAGUGUUCGUGAUGGUGUUUGCGUUCACCCAUUCUGCCGCUUCGACGAGGACCAGCACCCGCCCAACACCAAGUUCUCCAAGACUCGCUAGGAGUAUUCUUGAAGCAAGCAAGUGAAGAAAAGCAAAGUGUUGGCUUGUCUGUGCUGUGCUGCGGCGGACUCCCCCGUACGAGAUAUGCUGGACGACGAAAGAAUAUCACCCCAAAACUAUAACUGAACAAUUAAGAGAGAAGCUACGCCAAAGAAGGACGCCAAUCCUAUUAUAGGAACAACCAAGGAUUGCGGGCCGUCUCUUUGAGCGAACCCUUUUCGCCACUUUAUAAGUUGCCGUUCUGUCUUUUUCAGAAUGCGCUUUCUUGUCUCUUCGUUGCGUUCUAUGGUAUAGAUCGCCCCCCUUUUUUUUCUGUCCCAUUUUUUACUCGCUUCUUCUUUCGACGUUUAUCUUGUAACCGAACUUUUGAAUGUCUUUUGGUUGGUCUUGGUUGAUGCCGCGCUGCAGGAGACGGUGCUCCAUGGUUUUGGUUUCUGUAUUUCGCUAAAGUACCAGGGAAGAGGGGACGUGUAGUAUUACUUUUGAUAACGAGAUUGCAACUGUAUUUGACUGAAUCUAGUUGUGUUAUGCUACUGCUUCU